CUCAGUGCUGAGGGGGAGAGGAUGGUGCCAACUGCCAGCUGCGGAUAAAGGGAGAGACCCGCCGAGUGCCAACUGCCAGCUGCGGAUACAGAGACACUCAGUGACCCCCCACAACUCACUCUAGGGGGGCUUUGGGUGAUUCAGGGGGGUCUCAGUCACUCAGAGACAUGUGAGUUUCCUUCCCACGUCCUGCUGAACCCACUGCCUGUGCCCCCCAGGGAUGGCUGUGCCCCUCCAACCACCAAUGGCGGUGCCGGUGAUGUGCGAGUCCGGGCUCCUCCCCUCCCCGCCGUCCAGCCCCUUCUACGGGGAAUCCUCCGACGCCUAUUUCCACGUCGACCGCUGGCAGAAACUCCGCACCGCCGUCCGGAAGCUGGAAUUCUGGGAAAGCUUCGACGCCGAGCUGAUUGGCAGCGGAUUCUUUUCCAAGGUCUAUAAGGUGACACACGGCGUUGGAUCGAAGUUCAUGGUGGUGAAAAUUUAUAAAAAUGAUGUUGAUGAGGAGGGGAUCGUGCGAGAGAUCACUUUGCUCCAGAAAUUGUCUCAUCCCAACAUUGUAAGGUACCUUGGGAUAUGCGUCAAGGAUGAAAAAUUGUAUCCAAUAUUGGAGUACGUUAAUGGCGGCUGCCUAGAGGAGCUGCUGGCCACCAAGGAGAUCCCCCUCAGCUGGAAAGAUAAAGUGGAACUGUCCUGUGACAUCAGCAGGGGGAUGGUCUAUCUGCACUCGAAGAACAUCUACCACCGGGACCUCAACUCCAAGAACUGCCUGAUCAGGGAGACUCCGCGGGGCAGGGAGGCCUUGGUGACGGAUUUUGGCCUCGCCCGGGAGGUCGGGGAGGUCCCCUUGAAGAACGGGGAGCGCAAGUUGUCCCUGGUCGGAUCCGCCUUCUGGAUGGCGCCGGAGAUGCUGCGGGGGGAGCCGUAUGACAGGAAGGUCGAUGUGUUCUCCUUUGGGAUCGUUCUGUGUGAAAUCCUGGGGCGCGUCCCGGCCGACCCCGAGAUCCUGCCCCGCACGAGGGAUUUUGGGUUGGACGUUGCAGCAUUCAAGGAGAUGGUCCCAGGUUGCCCCAAGCAGGUGUUGGACCUGGCCGCCAACUGUUGCCGGCUCGAGGCCUUCAAAAGACCCUCAUUUGGGGAGGUUCUUGACCAAUUGGAAGACAUAGCUGAGGUUCUGGAUUCUCAGGCAACCAAUCAGAACUCCUGCUGAAUGGACUUGCAUUCCCCUGUAUAUACUGUACAGACCGGCGCCGGAGCCUGGACCCCCGGAUUGUGUAUAAUAAGGAUUAAAUAUUUAUUGAGCAAACUGGAUUCUAUUUUUGUGAAUAAAUUCCUCUGCCGCAGGGGGCGGAGCCUCUUUGAUGCUGUCGACGUAUCCGUGGGAAUACGUGGAAUAUAAUCAUCUGUGGCCUUAAUGUUCCAUAUUGUUCUAUGUAGUCGCCCCCGUUGAUUCCCUACCCAUAACCCCCUGGGGCCGCUAUUUGCAUUGGGUGUGGGCGGGGAAUGGGCAGGCUCAGCUAAGCAAGAUGGCAGCCCCCGUCUCUGUUGAAAGUUUGUUCUAAUGACUUAAAUAAAACAAAAAUAGACCCGG